AUGGCAUUGACAUUCACCCUCCCGAGCGACUAUGGUAACGUGGCUGCUGUCGCCCUCGGCGCAAUUCCCUUCCUAGGCUUUGUGCACGGCUUUAUCACGACAGGCCUUCGUCGACCUGCUGGCGUCGAGUACCCUAACGCCUACGCAACCCCAGAGCAAUGUGCAAAAAACCCUGCAGCCUACAAAUUCAAUUGUGCUCAACGGGCACACGCCAAUUACCUCGAAAACAUGUCCCAGACCAUGGUAUCUAUUCUUGUCGCCGGUAUUAAGCAUCCGCGUCUCGCAACGCUCCUCGGAACAACGUGGGUUGCUCUCAGAGUACUGUUCCUUGCCGGAUAUGUAUAUUCAGGGAAAGAGAAGGGCAAUGGACGCAUUAUCGGUGUACCCUUCUGGUUUGUCCAAGGCGCACUCUGGGGUAUUAGUUUUCUCGGGAUGGGAUUUCCAGGAUAUGACUUAAUUUUGAGGAAAUAG